CCGCGCGUGAGUUUUCCAGAAGGGACUCCCUCCAUGUAUAAAUAGCUGGGUUCAGCUUUCAGGAGCUCAGUUUACCGGUGCUCUCCGAAGUGUUCACAUCACAGACAAACGCACACACACACACAACAUGUCUCUGGAACGUCAAGUCCGCGCCAAGCUCGCUUCCAAGCGCAACCCCGAACUCGAAAAGCAAGCCCAAGAGUGGAUUGAGGGAGUCCUCGGCGCCAGGUUCCCCCCCGGUGAGGCUUUCGAGGAUGUCCUGAAGGACGGCACCGUCCUCUGCCAGGUCAUGAACAAGCUGAAGCCUGGCUCCAUCAACAAGAUCAAUACCUCUGGAGGACAGUUCAAGAUGAUGGAGAACAUUACCAACUUCCAAGCAGCGAUGAAGGCGUACGGAGUGGCCGACAUCGACGUGUUCCAGACAGUCGACCUGUGGGAGAAGAAGGAUAUCGCCCAGGUCGUCAGCACGCUCUUCGCCCUCGGCAGGGAGACCUACAGGCACCCCGAAUGGCAGGGCCCCUACCUGGGACCCAAGCCUUCUGAGGAGAACAAGAGGGAGUUCUCUGACGAGGUCCUGGCUGCCGGCCAGACCGUCAUCGGCCUCCAGGCUGGAUCCAACAAGGGAGCCACCCAGGCCGGCCAGAACAUGGGCGCCGGACGCAAGAUCCUGCUCGGAAAGUGAAUACGCACCAAGUGAUAUUAAUCUUAAGAUAUUUUUGAACGGACGCUCGGUUAGUGAGAUCUGGUCGGAAUGUGUCACGCAUUGGUUGAAGACGUGUGCCAGCGCCAGGAAAAUUUAGAUUUGUGUCUAAGUGUUUAGGUUAAGUUUUAUUAUUUAUUUACACUUAUUAUUUUUGUAUUAAAAUUAUGAUAUUUC